CAUUCGUUUUUUCCUUUCAAUUUCAAUCUGUCACUUUUCAUAGUACAGCGUUGUUGCUUGGCUUACCGCCAAUUGUUCGUUCCAACAUAAACAGUCAACAGCAUCGUUUGCAGUGCGAAAAAAUGGAAAGAGAAAUGAUUGUCUGUGCCUUUUGCCAAGAUUCGCAACAGGAUUUGAGACGUUUAAACAACAGAGAUCAUUUGGAAGUCUUGCGUGAAAAAAUCAGAACUCUCAGACGAACCUCACUAUUUUGUACAUUGUGUCGACAUCGGGUCGAAGUGAAAUUCAAUACUCGCCAACGAAAUGCGGAAAUUAGAGCACGUAAAGCAGCACGUAAAGCAGCACGGUUAGCAGCAACGAAUCGAACAGGAACAUAUACAAAUGCCUCGACAAAUCCAGAUUUAAAUUUCGCAUCGAGAGAUUCUAAUAAUGGUUCCGCAGAUGAUGGCUUUGUAGAUCAUGCUCCUGGAUAUGAUAUUCCUGAAGGUCUUAUAGAAGGAUUCCCAGAUAUAUCGGACGAAGAUGAAUACCAAGAUGAAGGACCACAGAAUCAAAGUAGCCAUAGCAGUAACCGUGAAAACCAAAGCAAUCGUAGCAAUCGUAGCAAUCAUAGCAGCCAACAUUCGGCAACAACAUCUGGUAAUCGACGACAAAGUGACAAUGAUGGUAGUCAACAAAGUGUUGGCUCGAAAUCACCGCCGGUAAACUAUGACUACAAUGAUGAUGAUGAUGAUGCUGACGCUGGCACACCAAAUGACAAUUCAUUUCAUGGUCAUUCAUUGGCACCUGCUACACGAAAUCCAUCACAAAGAACUCGAAGUUUGUCAGAUAUGCCACCCCAAGAUGUAAUGCGAUCACUUGAUGGUCAAGGUCGAGCUCAAGUCUUCGCCACGUUCAACCGUGGCCAUGCCGGGUAAAUUGAGCAAACACAAAAUGAACAACAACAAG